GCGCAAGCGGCGGGAUCUCUUUCCUUUUUUACCGCCAUCGGAGCGGAGUCUUUUUCCUCCAUCCCCCUCCCGGUACGGACACACUGCGUAGCGCCGCCUCACCAGCACCAGCCGCCUGCCACGGAGCGAAGCAUCACUCAAGACUCAGCAGAGAUGGCAGACAUUGACAACAAAGAUCAGGCCGAGAUGGACCCGGCAGAUAUGGAGGAUGUGGAAGAAGUGGAGGAGGAGGAAACGGUAGAAAAUUCCAAAAGCAAAGCUCGUCAGCUGACAGAGCAGCUUAUGCAGAAUCCACAGAUCCUGGCUGCGCUACAGGGGGGGCUUGAGGGCCUGAAUGGUUCACCAUCGGGGUACAUAGAGAGUUUACCAAAGGUUGUGAAGCGGCGCAUCAACGCCCUCAAGAACCUGCAGGUGAAGUGCGCCCACAUUGAGGCCAAAUUCUACGAAGAGGUCCACGAACUGGAGAGAAAAUACGCUGCUCUUUAUCAGCCACUCUUUGACAAAAGAAGCGACAUCGUAAAAGCAGCUUAUGAGCCCAAAGAUGAGGAGUGCGAAUGGAAGGCGGAUGAGGAGGAAGAGCUGACAGUAAGUAAGCAGGAUGAGAUGAAGGAGAAGGCCAAGCUAGAAGAGGAGAAGAAGGACGAGGAGAAAGAGGACCCCAAAGGCAUCCCUGAGUUUUGGUUAACUGUUUUCAAAAACGUGGACCUGCUGAGUGACAUGCUGCAGGAACAUGACGAGCCCAUCCUUAAGCAUUUACAAGACAUCAAAGUGAAAUUCUCAGAUCCGGGACAACCCAUGAGCUUUACGCUAGAAUUCCACUUUGAUACAAAUGACUUCUUCACAAACGCAAUGUUGACAAAAACCUACCAAAUGAGGUCGGAGCCCGACGAAAGUGACCCUUUUUCCUUUGACGGACCCGAGAUCAUGUCCUGCACAGGUUGCACGAUCGACUGGACAAAGGGCAAGAACGUCACAUUGAAAACAAUCAAGAAGAAGCAGAAGCACAAGGGGCGCGGCACAGUCAGGACGGUCACCAAAACAGUACCCAAUGACUCCUUUUUCAAUUUCUUCACUCCACCAGAAGUUCCUGAAAAUGGAGACUUGGAUGAGGACUCGGAGGCCGUCCUUGCUGCCGACUUUGAGAUCGGCCACUUCAUCCGUGAGCGUAUCGUUCCUCGGGCCGUGUUGUACUUCACGGGAGAGGCCAUCGAGGAUGACGACGACGAUUACGAUGAAGAGGGUGAGGAAGCUGAUGAUGAGGAAGGCGAGGAGGAGGCUGAUGAGGAAAACGACCCAGACUAUGAUCCCAAGGUUUAAGUGGUGACAGUAGAAAAAUAACCCUGUCCCGAAGGAUACAGCCUCCCCAGCUGAAUGCAAGAAUCAGUGAAGCCUGGCCUUGCUGCCUUGAGUGGAUCAACUGCACUGUUAACUUCUAAAUUUAAACAUGGGAUCUAUAGAUCUUUAUAUAUAUAUAUAUAUAUAUAUAUACAUAUAUAAAAAAAAUAGUAACUUACCGCCUUAUAAUGUUUUUGUAUUUUUCUUGGUAGAGAAUUUGAAGGGUUUUCGUUACAAAAAACAAAACAAAACAUGGUAAUAUACUUGGAGCUACGUGGCUCAUUAUAUAGUAUUUUACUAGACCUGUUUUAUCUUCUCUGUACAAUAUAGAGUAGAGGGGAAAAAAAACCUCCAGAAGCAUGUUCACUGCUAAAACUAGUUGGGGUUCUUGUGAAGUCUUUUGUGGUAUUUGCUCUUAGACAACAGCUGUGGUUGAGACAUCAUCCUAUUCAUUUGUCUUGUUGGGGGGGGCCUUCAGCACUUAAACGCUGUCAAAUAUGAUUUUUGGCCAUGGUUUCCUCUCAAAACAUUCCAGUAACCAAAGUAAUCAGGUCCAUGUAUUGUAAGACUCUACUAAGGCUGGAUUCGACAAGUGAGGCGAUCCGCUAACAUUCCGUAGAAUGAGGAAGGGGGUGACAUUGUCUUUUUUUUUUUUUGUGGAUAGCACUUUAAUGUGGUGUACCAGUCGCUUCAUCCCUCUCGUGUAGAACAUACAGUAGCAGCACGGCGUGUAACAAGAAUACAUUUCAUCGUUAUCCCUCCCUCCAUUCGCCUCACACGUCUAUGGAACUCGGCCCAUUUUGAACACUGUGAAAGAAAAGAGGGCGCGUGCAACAAGUGACCCGCCGACCCUCCUUUGUACCCUAAAAGGCCACCGGCGACUGCUAGUCAUGGCAGCGUUCAAAUGGGAACUGAAAAGGCAGUGUAGAUCACGGGGAGCAAAAAGAGCAUAAGAGUGCCUGUUGGGGUUCAAUUUAAAGAGCAGCUGUUGUCAAGGCAAAAUUGCUAUGCUACAAAACAAAUACUAAUGUACUCAAUAACUGUACGUGUAUGUAUAUGAAUAAAUUGGUUAAACAUGUCGCA